CUCUAGAUCGAGCGGCAGCUCUUCGAGGAAACCGUGAAAACCCUUAAUGGGUUCUAUGCUGAAGCAGAGAAGAUUGGGGGCAGCUCGUACCUGGAGGGGUGCCUGGCCUGCGCCACUGCGUAUUUCAUCUUCCUCUGCAUGGAGACACACUACGAGAAGGUCCUGAAGAAGAUCUCCAAGUACAUCCAGGAGCAGAAUGAGAAGAUCUAUGCGCCACGGGGACUGCUGCUCACCGACCCCCUGGAGCGUGGCAUGAGGGUCAUUGAGAUCUCCAUCUACGAGGACCGCCUGCCUGUCCUCCCUAUGCCCGCCAUGCUGGGCGCAGCGCCCAUCACCGCAUCACCCGGGGAUGCUCGCUGCCGGCCCAAGGGUGGGCUGAAUUCAUCCCGCCCUGGCCAAGCCCCGGAGAUGACACCAUUAAUGUGUAACUGCCAGGGAGCACGAUAA